CGAGCGAGUUUACAUACAAACCGACCAGGGCAGAGUCUGUGUCGAAGCUCCGGGGAAGACCUUUCACUGAAAUAUCCCAUUAGAACUUUCCUCCGACGCUUAAAUUCCUGUAGUUCUCGAAAGAAUAGUUUGCCAUAACAUAUAAAUAUUAAAGAAGCAUUGGACCUUAAGAAACGAAAAUGAAUUUACUAAGUGUAGCGCUGUGUGCCCUCGGUUGCCUACUUUCAUGUUUAUCAGCGGCUGGCCACAGGAUACCCAAUUUUAUAGCCCACGACAACCUGAGCGACGGACAACACGAGAUCAGACUUCACUACAACAGUGUCAGCGCCAAACAGACGUCGGUUACCCGGGACCAGGGCAGCGAGAGCGGGCUGGUUCUCAGACAAGUUAGCCACCGACGCCACCUACUGACGCUGAUAUACGUUGGGGAAGUGACUGAUCACCUGAGCGUCGACGGCCUCUCCCUCAGGGACUGUGAGCUUACCUCUGACCCCGCCGAGGUGGAGCCCUUCUUAGAUACCUUCAACGCGGACGUGGAAAUUGCUAGAAAUAUCCCCACUGGGUCGUGGUCUGGCCAGCUGCACAAUGUAAGCUUCGUGCACCUGGACAGUGAGAGUGAGCUGCCUGAGUACCUGAGACCCAUCACCCACUUCAGGGAACUAAGAGCACAGUGCAAAGCCCACCAUCGGAGUGUACGUAAGGCAGUGAAGGCACAGAGGCGCUUGGAGCGAGCCCAGCACAACCAACCCCAGGAGACACACUCGAGGUCACGACGAGCAGUUCUGGAACACCUGCGGUUGUUUCCAACGACCAAGUGGUGCGGCGUCGGGUACUCGGCCUCUGUGUACGGGGACCUGGGCGGCUCCUCCGGGGCCGACAAGUGUUGUCGUCAGCAUGACCUACACUGUCCUUACUAUAUUAGCUCCUUCGAAACGAAGUAUGGCCUCAUGAACUGGAGCAUCGGCACCAUCAACCACUGCGGCUGCGAUGAAAGGUUCAAGGCGUGCCUCAAGAUGUCCCGCACCGCCGCCGCCGACAUGGUAGGCAAUGUGUUCUUCAACGUGGUGAAGACCCGCUGCUUCAGGUUCCAGAAGCAGAAGGUUUGCAGGAAGUGGUCGUGGUGGGGUCGCUGCGAGAAGUACGCCAUGAAGAACGUGGCCGUCUUGAGGGACAAUGUGCCAUACUCCACCUGAGCGUCCGGCUACUUCUACACUCCGGCACCACAGUAUCUGCUACCGUAGGUACUAAACAAGACCAGCACAAGUUUACGAAAACAAACAGUACCAUGCAGAUCUAUCGGAGGGGGGGGGGGUUUACAGCCCCUUGAAGUUCAAAGCUCAACACUGGAUCAUAGUGUCGCGCAGCUCUAAAGGGAGGUCCACAACCCACACAUUUUUCACAAGGGAACCUGCAACACCAACGCGUCGUGAAGGGAGUCUUCAGCCCUUGAUGGGUAAACUAGAAGGUGCUCACAACUGCACAAGAUUCCCUCAGCUGAAAACCACAGCCCUACAUGGUUCUUCCAGGAAGAGCAGCAGUCCCACAUGGUCGGCACCACUCCCCAGCGUCCCUAGCUUUGUCCUCGGGAAGGCGACGGUGGCCUAGUCCUAUUACCAAAGACGGACGUCAUCAUCCGUGCUCCACCCGCUGCUGUGGCUCACCCGCUCUGUGCCACAAACCAAAGGUUCACUUGUUUUUCACUUCAGCGCUACCUGACCCAUACCAAACACUAGAGACCUUUUGAACAGAUUAAAGAUUAUUCUCUAAACUUCACAACGGUGGAGACUAGAUAGCACUGUUGCGACUAUUCAGUGUUUUGAUUCUAUUCCUGCAUAUAUCAGAAAGUAAUAAAAAGGUAUACAGGUUUCUACAUGUGGCAGUGUUAUGGUUGCCCUCGGUUUGUAUGUGGAUAACAAUAUCAUCCUACCAGUAACCCUUGGUACCUCCGUGUGAGGCGGAAUCCAAGUUAAUAAACAUCUAGUGAAUGUCAGCUCUCCGCCAUAGCACCGCCACAGUUAGGAACUGUUUGGGGUAGCGGGAAAAAUUAGCACUAAAUUUGUUUAUAGCGCAUAACCUUUAUACAUUUUGUGAGAAUUCGGGUUUUCACAGCUCACGUCUGUUCAAUGAGAGUACAGUAGGCUAUAUGGUAACUGCCUGAAUGUAUUUUAGUACUGUAAAAGCUAGAAGAUCCUCUAGCAAAAAAAAAAAUAUGAUUUUGUUAAUGCCAUCACCAGUGUUACCAACAUUACCUGCAGGUGCUAUAGUGUAUGACGUGAGGUCAGCAACCACACGUGUAUGAUAAUGAUCUGUGGCGGAGUUGACGUGAGCCACUGAGGCAGAAAUGGAGGUUUUGCUGUACCAAAGUGUAAUCAUAAACGCAUUAUCUCUUUGUCUUCAUGUAUCGUCUGUGACUCGUGCACAUAUUACCACCAGAAAAUCAGGCCCAUGUUGUCAUUAAUUCAUCAACCACUUGCCAUUAUUUCAUACCAUUUCCACAUUUGCAUCAUUUCACUUUUCGUUACCCACCAUGCCAAUAUUAUAAUCAUUUCACUAUUCAUUCCUAUACCGUCACUCCAUGCUCAUGCCUCAUCUCAAACACAUCAACGACUCGACCAUAUCCUUACAUUUAUCGUAAGUCUAGACAGAUUGUACCAUUAUCCUGAACCACAACACAACGGGUCAGCAUCUCUUUAAAGUUAUCUCGGCUAGAAACAAAGUUAGAUGCUCACUAGAAUAUGUCUAGUUGGCGUCAAUUUUACCCGUUAUUAUGUUCACUGAUAGAGAUGCGAAGCUUAAUAGUUUGCUACUGGAAUAUGUUGUUGUCGUGUUCAUGUAUUUUGGUUCACUAUCCCAUACAUGGCUGUACGGGUUAUGUCACAAACCAUUACGAUACAUAUCACUAUCCAGAUUACGGUUAGAAUUAUGUUUGAUAUGACUUGUCUAACGUUGUACAAGUCAUGUUAGAUUAUCGAGGCACUCAUCACGUUAAGAUACCAUCAGGGUCUGUAACAUAGCCUGUGUACAACUAUGUGUUUGUAAAUACAGUUUUUGUUUCUCGCCUUGUGGUUGUAAAUACAUGAAAAUUUAAAUUUAUUUUUGUGUGCUCAGUGUAUCGGCGACAUCCACGCUGACAAUUUUGUACUGUUACUUGAUGUGUGUGGAUGAGCUAUUUAUUUGUCAACUGUGUCCAAGUGAACGUUACUCUCCGGGCGUUAAUAAAAGUUCGGAUACAUUCUUUAUAUUCUGUAGUGAAGAGUAAAAUAGAAUUGUAUAUCGAUAUUUGUAAUUGUGUAGUAUUCUGACAAUUCUUUAAAGGAAUAUUUAAAACAGAUCUUCUAUUGAUAGUGGAUGUUAUCGCCAUACGUGACAAAGACAUUCCUAUGAGUUAUUUAAGUUCCUAUGGUGGAAAGUAUCUAUUGAUGGCAUUUGCCUUGUACAGUAUUACUGAUUUUUAGAAUAAAAUAUAAAAGAUAUCA